AUGCAGUCAUACGCCUUUCCAGCAUCUCAUCCCCGCACGUUGCCCUCGCCCUCCUCCAGCUCGGUCUCCUGGUACUCCCCCGUCACCCCUCCCGAGCCUCUCUCCCAACCCGAGACUGCAUCGCAUAGACACAAGUCACUCUACUCCCGUUCCUCGCUCUCCCCAUCCUACGACGGAGUCCGCUAUUCCACCCCUGUGCGCUCGACUUCUCCCACCGACGCUAAACUAAGCCCAUCACUAUUACCCAUCGGGCGUCCGCCUGCUCCAAACCAAACUCCUGAGCGCAAGACCCUGCCCGUCGCCACCGGCCUCGGGAUCGUCGACCUCGCCCGGCUCGCCGCCCUUCCCUCUCCCGAGGAAGAGCCUUCCCGUGAGGAGCGCGCCCACCGUCGCCGCGCCGUGCAUUUCCACUCGCGUACCCAUUUCUCCGAGGCUAUCCGUGCCAGCCUUGCACGCCCGCUUGCACUUUCUCCACGCUCUCCACCGAACGCCGUGAGCAUAAAGUCGGACGCCACUGAGACCGAUGAGAACGACUUUUCCUGGGAGGCCCAGUCUGAGCUCCCUUCUGUCUCGCCGUCUCCCGAGCCAGAGCUUGGGCAUCACUCCCCCUUUUCCUGUGCCUCGUCAGUCUCGUCUUCUGGCUGUUCCUCCCUGUAUUCGAUCACACGUUCUCUCGCCGCCGCAUUUCCCGCUCCUCCAUCUUCCACGCCCGAAUUCCCGCUUUCUCUCGCCUCUGGCUUUGCACUACGAGGUGCUUCGGUACCGCACCUCUCACCGCCAAAUAUUCCUCUCCCGCCUGCCCCCUCCACACGUCCGCGUCCGCAAGUCCACAUGAGCGCUGGAUGCGUACCCACCGGGAUGAAUAGGCUCACUGUCGUUGACCCGGACGAGAGCAUGGCGCGCCUGGAGUUGAGCAUCGCGAAGCUUGCGGCGUACGGCCCGGAAGUGCAUGGCAAGCAGCUCGAGGAAUACGAUCGCGACCACGGAACGAUCGGCACGGGCUGUUUCUUCGAUAGCGACAGCGAAUACGACGAGACGGACGGUGAGGCUGAGAAGGACAUCGAUAGCGACAUGUUUUCUGCAUCCGGCUCGGGAUGCCCGCACUCAACUCCCUCGCUCGAACCCAUCGGCGAGGACUCGCGUGAAGCCGAGUCCGCGCCAAAUGAUAGACUCAUCAUGGAGAGCGCGCAUGAGGGCGCGUCUUCCAGCGCAGACUCGGCGCCACAGAUAACCGAGCAUUUCCCCUCGCCGCCGCUUCUCACGCCGCCGCCACUCCUCACGCCCAACACGUUCGGCCGCGUGGGCUUCUCACCAUUCGCGUCGGCAGCGGGCACGUCCGUUGCGGACGACCCAAGCGCAGCCCCGCCCACGAGGCCACAGCUGCCGCAGUUCGACUUUGAGAAGUCACGGAAGGAAAGGCAAAGGCAGAGAUCGGCAUCGCUUUCUAACGCAAAGGUGGAUGUCAAUGCUGCGGACGGUGAGAAGAGGACGGGAGAUGUCACUGCUACCUUUGAUCGUCUCCAAGCAUACGCUCAAUGGGAGUCUGGCGCCGUGAGCGCCCGCAAGUCUGAUGCCCAUCACGAUGGCGGCGCUGAGGCUGUUCAUACCGCUGUCACCACGGGCGCGCGCCCCGAGUCUCCACUGCGGAAAGCCAAAAGUGUGCCGUUCAUCCGGCGCCCCGUGCGACGCAAUAACCCCCCCGCGCUGCCGCACCCUCCUCUGCUACCCACGUCCACGUCGCUUCCCACAAAGCUCGCGCCACCGAC